AUGAAAUGCUUACCAAAAUCUCUGCUAGGUCUGCUGGUAACAGCGGGCCUGGCUAUGACUAGUGAGCAAUGCUCGCCGGAGACCACGGCCUUCCGAAAGGAUUGGCGUGCAUUGACAGCGCUCGAACGGACAGAGUAUAUUGAAGCCGUGUGGUGUCUCCGACGCCAACCGGCUCAUCUCCCCAACGACAAGUAUCCUGGCGUGAAAGACCGGUUGGAUGAUUUCGUGGCCACGCAUGUGAACUACACCAGUGCCAUUCACUCCAAUGCACUGCUUCUCCCGUGGCACCGGCACUUCACCUAUCUUUGGGAAACAGCGCUCCGCGAGGAAUGCGGCUACACGGGCUAUGUACCAUACUGGAACUGGCCCGCGACCACCAACCUCACGGAAGAUCCCCUCUUCGACGGCACAACCACCUCCCUCUCGGGCAACGGCGCUCACGAUCCCAACGAAAAGCCCCGCUGCGACCCCCCCUACGGCUGCGAGCCCCCUGGAACUGGAGGCGGAUGCGUCACGUCAGGUCCCUUCAAGGACUUCGAGAUCCACCUGGGCCCCUUCAAUAACAGCCACGCGGGGCCGCAUGCGACGCUCCCUGCAAGUGCUUGGGACUACAACCCGCGUUGUCUGAAACGCAGCUUCAACCAGCCCAUCCUCGACCGGACGAACAACGAGGCGGCGAUGCAGCGUCUGCUGAACGCGCCGGAUAUCAACUGCUUCUUGGACAUCAUGGACCCCAGUGACAAGAGCCACGUCGGCUCACAUGGUGCCGGUCAUCGCACUAUCGGCAAAGACAUGACCGACGUGUAUUCUUCGCCACAGGAUCCGGCGUUCAUGCUGCACCAUGCUAUGAUUGAUCGCAUGUGGACGCUCUGGCAGGAACGUGACAUCGAGGUCCGAAGGGACGCCCUGAAUGGCACGGCCGUCAUGUAUAACCCGGCGUGGGCGCCGCUCGCCACGCUUGACCACGUCCUCGACUUCGGCUGUCUGGAUCGACCGCGCACGGUGCGCGAGGCCAUGGACACCAGGCGCCAUGACUAUUGUUACUCUUAUCAGUAG